GGAGAUGCCAUUUCCGUGAAUAACUCCAAAGGAUCGAAGUAGUUCUCUACCAACUAAUUAAUGUAGCGUUAUAGUGGAAAGAAUUGCAUCAUUUUUCACUGCAGACUUUUCCGUCCAUUUGCCUUUCAUUGUUCACAUACAUAACACCUAUAGGGUUUUUAUUCUCAUCACUUAUUUCUUUCAACUUUUCUAAUCCCCUCACCGGAAAAAAAAAAAAAAAAAACUUCCAAGCAAGAUGCAAAUACAUAGAUAUAUUCGGUGACUUUUUGACUGGCAAAUGGGCUAUUUUUACAAAUAUAGCCUCUUCGAUUUUCAGUCGAGUUGUUGCAAACCACCACUUACUGCAGCUUGGAAUUUCAGAAUGCUACCUAUUGGACCAUGCCCCAAAAAGGGCCGGCGGUAGUGGACAAUGAUUGCAAGAUUUGUUGCAAUUUACAGAGCGAGCUAUGCUUCAACUGUCAAUCAUGCAAGACAACAUUCCUUGACAACAUCAAGAAAUAUUGGAAGAUAUUGUCCCUCAUCAACUUUGGCAUACAAUUCUUUCUUUCCUGUGCUUGUUGCUGUGAUCUCAUGAUCAAGAACAGAUUAAAGGGACGCUGAAGGCACAAAGUAUGCCCUGCCUGAUCCCUUCUGAAAUCUCUUUCAACCACUCAAAGGAGUUCAUCCCCUCUGGUAAAUGAGAGGGCAAAAUUUUUCAUCCAGUGAACCAUGCAAGUUCUCUGCACGUGCUAUGUUGAGAUUUCAGAUGAAUGUGAUUUGAUUUGAGCCUUUGAAGUUCUUCCUUCUUGAUAUAUCAGUAAGUUUGUCAGAUCUUGCAGACAAGGAAAAUGCUAGAAUAAGAAGAUGAAGGCACCAAUCGAUGAGCAGCCGAGCAGGUGCAGCAAAAUGGAACUGUUUUCCCCCCACUAAAUUGUUGCUUUAAGUUGGCGAAAGGAGUACAAAGAAGCCUGGGUACACUCUUCCACUUAAACAUCAUUUGUAAAUUCAAGAUUAAAGGGAGGAUAAACAUUGAUCUUAUCCAAAUUGAAGUACUUGAUUUGAGCUAUAAUGUAUUGAUUGGGCCACUUUUGACGGCACUUGAUGGAUUAAAAUCAAUCCACUCUUCUCAAUAGUUGAUGAGGGGCAAUAUCUUCCAAUAUUUCUUGAUGUUGUCAAGGAAUGCUCUCUUGCAUGAUUGACAGUUGAAGCAUAGCUUGCUCCGUAAAUCGCUCCAAAUCUUGCAGUCAUUGUCUGCUACCACCGGACCUGUUUUGGGCAUGGUCCAGUACGUAGUAUUCUGAAACUUUGGCGUACAACUCUUUCUUUGCUGUGCUUGCUGCUAUGAUCUCAGGAAGAACAGGUCAAAGGGACACCAAAGGCACAAAAUAUUCCCUGCCUGAGCUCUAUUGGUUCGUUACAUCUCCAUUUUCGUAAUGAUCAAUAUUUGUUUGACUGAAGCUUGGUUUGGAGGUAUAAGACAUUGAUACUGUGUUUAUUGUUUACUAUUACUGGCAGUGGCGGAUUUAGGAUUUUCACUAAGGAGUUUCGAGAAAUAAAAAUAGAGUGUUUAAGAUUUGAAUUUGGAACCUCAAAUUGAAUUUUGAACUCCUAAACCACUUAGUCAACCACUAGUCUUCUUUUUAGGGAUUCUUUGGGUGAAUACCUCCUGAUUACCGAGUCUGUUUAUUCUUAUUUAUAUGUCAUUAUUAAUUUGAAACAUGUACUCAUUCUUGAGUCUUGGAAUAGUCAUGCUUCCACUAGUUUUUCCGGAAUAUGGACUAGCAUAAGAAGUUAUCUUACCUCUAGAAUAGGACGUCCCCACUAGUUAUAAGAAGCUUGCCAAAAUCUAGCAGCAUAAGGACUUAACGUUUCAGAGUUUGGGUUGUUACUAUUCACUUUUUUUUUCUGAUUCAAAGUACUAAAACUAGAUUGUUAAAAGUUGCACAUACAUUAAUGAAGCAUAAUAAGUAAUGCCAUCUUCUCUACAUGUGCUGAAAUCUCUUUCAACCACUCAAAAUAGUUCAUAGUCUCUGGUAAAUAAGCGGGCAAACUGUUUCAUCAAGUGAGCCACACAAGUUUGCUGCACGUGCUAAGUUGAGAUUUCUGAUGAAUAUGAUUUGAUUUGAGCCUCUGAAGUCCUUCCCUCUUAAUAUAGCAAUGUGUUAGUUAAAUCUUGCAGUGAAGAAAAAUGUCAGAAUAGGACGAGCAGGUACUGUUGGCAGCAAUAGGAUGAGCAGGUAUUGUAAACAAAACUGUUUUCCCUAUGCGCUAAAUUUCUUAAUGUAACUUGGCUAAAGGAGAACAAGGAAGCCUGGGUAGUGGGUACGUUCUUCUACUUACAACAUUAUUUGAAAUUUCAAGAGUAAAGGAAGGAUACACAUUGAUCUUAUCCAAAUUGAAGCAGUUGGAAGUACUUCAUUUGAGCCAUGCACAAUGUGUUGAUCGCCGACUGGACAAAUCUUGAGGGCUCUUGAUGCAUUAGAAUUAAUCCACUCUCUCUAUAUAUAUCCAGCAACUUGUUUGCCGAAGUUUCAGUGAGUUUAGUGUAUUCAAUAACCUUGUUGCUUUUAACAUAUUCCUUUACUGGUGGCUUUAAGUUUGAAAUUUACAGCUUCUCCAAGAAGAUAAGAUUAGGGUUCUGGAUGUAUCACUCAUUAAUCAUCUUAAUGGUGUUGGUGGCUUGGGAAAUGCAUGCAGUUCAUCUCUCUAGCAGCUGCAUGUGGAUUCCAAUAAUCUCCGAUGAUCGCCUUCUGGACUCCUUGUAUUCGAUGAGUAAGUCUAAUUUCUCUGGCCAGCCAAUCCCGCAGCUUAGUAAGCUUCCUUAGCUAGUGUUAGGCCAUAAAUUUUGGAUAAAUGUAUUUUUAAAUAUCUGUUUGGCCAUGAAAUUUGAUCAGAUUUUGUAAAUCUGAUCCUCAAAUAUUUUUCAAGUUCCUGGCCAGCUUCUGGGAGAAAUUUCACUCACUUUCACUAACAAAACUUCAAUUUUUUUCCAAUUAAAAUGUAUGUCCAAACACAACUUCAAGUUCCAAAAAUCACAACUUCAAAACCUCAAAUUUUCAAUUUCGGGAGAGGAAGGACUUGCCCAUGGUAUUUAUUGAUCUUGAGAAGGCAUAUGAUAGAGUUCCAGGGAGAUUCUCUGGAGGUGCUUGGAGUCUAGAGGGGUGCCCGUGGCGUAUGUUAGGUUGAUUCAGGAUAUGUAUGACGGCGCGAAGACUCGUGUGGGGACGGUAGGUGGAGAUUCGGAGCACUUUCCGGUUUUGAUAGGGUUGUACCAGGGAUCGACUCUUAGCCCUUUUUUAUUUGCUUGGGUAAUGGAUGUUUUGACGCGGCAUAUUCAAGGGGGAGUGCCUUGAUGUAUGUUUUUUGCUGAUGAUGUGAUAUUGAUUGACGAGACUCGGGGUGGAGUUAAUGAUAAGUUGGAUAUUUGGAGACAGAUCCUUGAGCCUAAAGGAUUUCGUUUGAGUAGGACCAAGAUGGAGUACUUGGAGUGUAAGUUUAGUGAUGUGUUGUAGGAGGCUGACGUGGUUGUGAAACUGGACUCUUAGGCUAUUCAGAAGAGGGAGAGUUUCAAGUAACUGAGGUCUAUGAUUCAAGGCAAUGGGGAGAUUGAUGAAGAUGCCAUGCAUCGUAUUGGGGCAGGAUGGUUGAAAUGGAGGCUCGCUUUGGAAGUUUUAUGUGAUAAGAAGGUGCCCCGAAGCUUAAAGGUUAGUUCUACAAAGUGGUAGUCCGACCGGCUAUGUUGUAUGGAGCAGAGUGCUGGCCAGUUAAGAACUCCCAUAUCCAAAAGUUAAAGGUGGCGGAGAUGAGGAUGUUGCGAUGGAUGUGUGGUCAUACCAGUAAAGAUAGGGUGAGGAAUGAGAUUAUUCGGGAGAAAGUAAGAGUGGCUUCAGUGGAGGACAAGAUGCAAGAAAUGAGGUUACGUUGGUUCGGGCACGUGGUGAGGAAGGGUUCUGAUGCUCCAGUGUGGAGGUGUGAGAACACUGGCUAUGGAUGAUUUUAGGCGGGGUAGAGGUAGGUCGAAGAAAUAUUGGAGGGAGGUGAUUAGGCAUGAUAUAGAGCAGUUACAGCUUACGGAGGAAAUGAUCCUUGAUAGGAAACUGUGGAGGAUGUGUAUUAAGGUAGAGGGUUAGGGGGUGGGAGUGCGUCGGUAACAGUAGGGGGCGUUCUUUAUUUGUUUUUGAAGUUUCUUGUUCGUGGGUGGAGUGUUGUCUGUGGUUUCGGAUAUGUAGUUUUUAGUAGUAUCUUGUGGCUGACAUUGUUAGUUUAUUUUGCAUGUACAAGUUUAUAUGCAUUUAUGUUUUGUGUUUACUAUACUGUUAUUGGUUCUAAGCCGGGGGGUCCUAUCGGAAACAGCCUCUCUACUUCACCUGAGGUGGUGGUAUAGUCUACGUACACUCUACCCUUCCCAAACCCCACUAGGUGGGAAUACAUUAGGUUUGUUGUUGUUGUAAAAUCUGACUAAAUGGGAGCUUUUAGUUUUAUCUGCAUUCCACUUUCAUUUCAUAGUUUGCUUCCUAAUGUGGUAGGGAAUUCGAUACAGGUAGAGCAGCUAGCUAGCUACCCAUUCUAAUAGAUUUUCUGGACCAUUGUCAUCUACAACUUCACAUCUUUCUGAGCUUAGGGUGCAUGAUGAUAAUAGCACGACAAGGUUUUGCUGGAUCUUUUAUUUAGCAGGACUAUUUUUUUUUUCAAAAUUUGAAUCCAAAGUGUCUAAUUAAAACACUUUCUCAGGAGUUGUGGUGUUCAAUAGGAAUAUAAUUUAAUCCGAGUGCCUAAGUGAAAUAUUUUUAUAAGUUUAAAGGGUAAGUUAUCUAUUGAGCUUAGAUAGUCCAACAAAUUAAUGAAUGUUGACUGCUGUUUGUUUUGUUGCGGAAACAAUUGGCAUAAUUUCAUUGUAGACUUCCUUCAUCCUACUCUUUUCCAUAUAUUUCAGUCUCAUUGUUCACACCAUUAGAUUUAUAGGGAUUUGCCUAAGCAGAUUACAAGCAUAAGAUUCACACUCAUCGGUUACUUUUUCAACUUAAGUAAUCGAUUUUCAUCCGGAAAAAAAAUGAUCCGAGAAAACCCCAAACGCAUAAUGAUAUUCAUGGACUGUGUGACUAUAGCGGUUUCUUUGGCAGCCAUAGGGUGUGCAAUAUGGUUACAUUUCAGUGACAGCAAUACGCCUUGCGAGAAAGUGUGGGAGAAGCCUUUGCUGAUAGUGGGAGUGUCUAUACUGGUUGUUUGGGGUUCGGGAUUUGUUUGGUCCUUGUCCCAAAUCAAGUUUUUCUUCUGGAUAUAUUUGAUUUCGUCAUCGUUGGUGUAUUUUGGAGCGUUCUGUUUAAUGGUGUUCUCAAUUUUGGUCACCAAUCGAAACGUGAGCAGAGCUUUAUUUGGGAGAGGUGGAGAUUACUCGCACUACUUGUUGCAGAAGUAUGUGUUGAAUGCUGAGCAGAUUAAUAGCUGUUUGGCUGAUUUCGAAUUUUGUCAGCGGAUGCCUUCUGGCAAAGGGGUUGAACUUUUCAAAUAUAGCGUCUCUGAUAUUCAGUCGAGUUGUUGCAAGCUACCCACUUAUUGCGACUUGGAGUUUCACAAUGCUACCUACUUGACCAUGCCCAAAGCAGGGCCACCAGUAGCAGACAGUGACUGUGUGUUUUGGAGCAAUGUACAGCGCGAGCUUUGCUUCGACUGCCAAUUAUGCAAGAGAGCAUUCCUUGACAACAUCACGAAAUAUUGGAAGAUAGUCUCCCUAGUCAGCUUUGUCCUCUUCCUUGUCCUCCGAUUUGUUUACUGUGUUGUCCAUUGUGUUCUCAAGAACAGAUCCAAGGUAUACAAAAGGAACAAAGUAUACCCUGUAUGAGCCAUAUUGGUUCAUUAGAUUGUUUUCGUAAUGAUUGAUAUGUGAUUGACUGAAGCUUGGUUUGGAUGGUAUAAUACAUUGAUAUUGUAUGAA